AUGUCCGUUCCGGCGAUAAGGAAAAUUCCCUCCUUCGGCCAUGCGUUCAGAGAAAAGUACUUCCCGACGAAGGCCAGCGUAUUGGUCAAUCAUGGCUCGUACGGGUUAUCCCCGGCCCCUAUCGUCCAGGAAUACUUGGCUAACAUCCAGAAAGAGUGCGACUUCCCAGACAAGUACAUGCGUUUCGUCUUGGGCCCGGAUGUGGCCGCUGCUACGAAGGAGGUGGCGGAGUUAGUGGACUGCGAUGCCACAGACUUGGUGUUUCUGCCCAACGCAACCGCCGGGGUGAACACAAUUUUGCGCUCCUUCCCCUUUGUCAGAGGGGAUAAGGUUGUGAUGCCAUCGACAGUUUACGGCUCUUGCGGCAAUACCGUCAAGUUUUUGGCCAAGAGAAUUGGGAUCAUUCCUAUCACUAUUGACCUCCAGUACCCGUUGAACGACCAGGCUAUUUUGGACAUCUUUGAGGCCGCGUUCAAGCAAGGUGGCGUUAGAUUGUGCUUGUUCGACGCUGUAAUUUCCAUGCCUGGGGUCAGAUUUCCGUUCGAGAAGAUGGUUGAGGUGUGUCGCUUCUACGACGUCUUAUCUUUGGUGGACGGGGCGCACUCUGUAGGGUUGAUUCCCUACUCCCUCCGCCAGAUCAAACCCGACUUUUUUGUCUCCAACUUGCACAAGUGGUUGUUCGUUCCAAGGGGAUGUGCCUUGUUGUAUGUUGACCGCAAGCAUCACCGCAAGGUCCAUACCUUCCCGAUAUCCCACAGCUAUUUGGAUGAUGAUGUGGAGUUGCUGCCGGAACUCGAGGCGACCCGCUUGGUGGACAGAUUUGUCUUUACUGGAACCAACUGUUACGCCAGCAUUGCCACUGUUCCCUUUGCCAUCAAGUUCAGACGAGAUGUCUGUGGUGGAGAGGAGGCCAUCUUCCAGUAUUGCCACGAGUUGGCCAAGCAGGCAGGUAUUAUGGUUGCUGAGAGGUGGGGAACCUCGUACUUGGACAACGACGACCAUUCCUUGAUCACAGCCAUGGUGAAUGUGGAAGUUCCGUUGCGUGGGCAGUUCUUUUUGGAGUUCAAGGAGUUCGUGGAACUGGAAGCUGUUGAGAAGUACGGCACCUACGUCCAAUCGUGCGCUCACAACGGAAAGGUGUACGUGCGCUUCAGCUGUCAGAUUUACAACGAAUUGUCCGACUACGAGACCGCCGCUGAUGUCUUUAUGGAGUGUUUGAGAAAGUAUCUCAAGUCAGAGCAUUAUCAGAAACAUGCGGAGCUUGAGAAGGUUGGAGAAUUGUCCAUAUCCUAA